AUGUAUGCUCGAAGCUUUCGUCGGUUACUAAGCUUCGUUUUAUACUUUUUUCUGCUGGGAAGUUUAGUAAAGCCAAGAGAAAGUGUGACUAAUCGCCAAAGGAUCAUAACUAAGAAGGAAGACAAAUUUCCAUGGGGAAGUUUACGACUUCCACAGACUUUAUUUCCUAUAAAAUACAACAUAACGUUAGACACGGACUUAAAAACAUUCCACGUAAAGGGAAAAGUUGGUAUACUCAUCAAAUGUGCAAAGCCAACAGCAAAUAUUAUUCUUCAUUUAAGAGACAUGAACGUCGUCAAGACAGCAGUCUUUGAAAAGAAACAAGAGGAUGUAGAUGCUUCCGUCGACGUGCAGGAUGUUCACGAGGACGACGAAUUGAAUCAAAGAAGUGAGAAAAGACAGCAAGAUACAGAAUUGGAUGUCCAAGGAACAAUGAGUAAUAAGACUCUUGCUAUGUUUCUCAUUAGAGUAAACGAGGAACUCGUCUCAGGAAAAACUUACAUGAUUUAUAUUGAAUUUAACUAUCCCCUGACGGAUAAACUUGUAGGGUUUUAUAGAAGUUCUUACACUGCAAAGAAUGGAGAAAAACGGUGAGUGAAACGUCGGUUGCGUAUCUUAUAAAUAAACAACACCAAUGAUAAGAACUAUGCAUAACAACAGUUUUGUUAAUGAGGAAAAAGCAGAAAAAGAUGAGGUUAGAAGAGAUCAAAAUAUAUCAGUUUCUUUUAACAAUUAAUUUUGGAAAUUUCAAUAAGAAAAAGAAAUUUUACUUCAUGUUUUGAUCAAGAAAACAAUUGCACGUCAAUUUUUAUCUUAAAUUUUCUCCUUUUAGGACACAUUUCUUGGCUGAAAUACGGUUGCCUCGUGAAUUUCUGCUCUGAGCAUAUGGCAUCACGGUUGAUAAAAACUCUUCUCUCUUAAUGUAUAAUUCAAACACUAUGCCUAACGUUUUUAUAUAAUAUUAUAUAAGGUUUGGUUUUGAUGAAACUGUUACAGCAGUGCUGUGUCGAUGAGGGCGGGAGAAAAAAACUGAGUCAGUAUAGUAGUAUAACAGUCGUAAUUAUUUCAUCCCAGCAGACAAGGCGGCUGGACUAUUACUGAAACAUAUAUUAACCUUAAAAAGAAUUGACGUUUUUGAAAUGAAGUGAUAUUGAUAUUUUCAAAAAUUAUCAUGGACGGAGCACAGAAAAAAUAAGCCAAUUAGGCAGAAACUCAAGGAGGAAGAUCAAUGGUUAGAGAACUUUUAUAAAGAAACAAACACGCUAAAGUAUUUUCGAGCCAUUUGAAAAGAAAUGAGGGCUUGGGAAAUAUCAUGUUGACAGGAAAGAGAAAGGUAAAGGGACAUAUGGGAUGUUUUGACACAUCACAAACAAAAGUUGGAAGAUUGGCCCUCUGAUAGAGAUCGUUUUCGCUGCACCGUCAAAGUGCGACUUCCAGUAGGAUAUCCUAAGCAGCUGGAGGUAGCAAUCGACGCGUUGAUCACUUUUAAACGAAGAACCCAAAAUACUUUUGGUUCUACACCGGUCGCAAUGUAACCACUCAUGACUAAACGAGGUACUUUUUAUUUUAUUCUAGGUACUUUGCUGCUUCUUAUUUUGAGCCCACAAACGCCCGCUUGGCUUUUCCCUGCUUUGAUGAGCCAGCAAUGAAGGCCACGUUUACUGUGACAAUAAUUAGACAGGGAGAACACAAAGCUCUUUCUAAUAUGCCUAUAGAAAACACGGUGAGGGCUUACCGAUGUACGAUCUUAUGCAUAGUUCCAAAGUUCUUCAAUAUUUGUCGUCUACAAUUCAUGUGAGAGCAGUUAAACCACAGAAAAAUUCUUAUGAAGGACUGAUAUCCGUCUGUUGCUUACUUAAUUAUUUCCCGGAAUAUUCAAUCGAACUAAUUAUAUGGAACAAAAUUUAAACGUGCUCAAUGGGACUUAAUGCAUGGAUUGAGUUCGGAUUAAGUUCGGUAAUCGAACAUAAUUGAACUCGCAUGAAAAUCGCUAAAUAAGACACAGUCGAACGUUCUAAGUCUCAACGAUUGAUUGGUAAAAUGAAGCAUCUGUUCAUUAAAGGAGAAUUACUUGUAAAUGACAAAAUCGAUGCUUCCGGUCUAAAAAAAUUCGUCUUCCAAGCAUCAAACGUUUAAGGCAAAAACAAAUGAACAUUGAUCCGGUUCAUUUUUCUUUAAGUUUGUCUUUCUUUUUAAUUGGAAUAUGUACUAGGGUUUUAGGAUUUUGUUGAGUUAAUGUAAUGCACAGAUGAAAAUUUCUUUCCCUGGAUUGAUCUUUGCGUAAUACAAAUCAAUAAAUAUUAUUAUUAUUAUUAUUAUUAUUAUUACAUCCGUUCCUCCUUUUGUAUUUGCAGUGUUAUUUAUACCCUCGUUCACGGUUAUGAACUGUUUUUUUUAAUGUUUCACUCAAUUUGAUGGCAACUCGCACUGUUUAGUGAAUUUCGAUACAUUUCGUGACGCAGCUCCUUUAAGGGAAGUUUAACUUUAAAGGGUGCAUGCGCAUGCCGACGUCUGCCUCUGCAUUUGCAAGGGAACGUACAGUGGCUUUAGACAUGUUCGCAAGCUUCGGAAUUGUCUGGGAAAAGGUUAUCAAGAAUGCUUUUUGUUGUGAAAAUGAAAGAACAGUUCUAUGUUCUGAACUCAUUUCGAUUUGACAGGGUUCUCUUCUCCGAGUUGUAAGUGAAAUAUGUUUUUUUUUUCGUUAGGGAUGCACGAGCUAUCAUUCAUAAUUUUUACGGGUGCUCAGUUGCCUAGGCUAGGAUUUUCAUGGAGCCAAACCAAAUUGUAGAAUUGAACGAAUUCUAAGCACAAUGCUGAUGGCAGUUACAACACUUAAAGCUAUUUGGUGAAGUAACUGUUAUCAUAGUCUGUCAUCUUCGAAUAAUAGGAUUAAAUCUCAGGUAACCCGGAUUCCGGAAUCGGCGGGGAAAUUGUUGCGUGUGGAAUACGAAAUCCGAAAAAUUUCCCCCUGAUGUGGAAUCUGGAAUCCUGGGUUUUGGAAUCCGGAAUUCAGCUCAAGGAAUCCAGAGUCCCGCUAAUGAUUGGAAUCUGAAAUCCAAGAUCUACUGACAAAUAAUCCGAAAACCAGCAUCAGGCCGGGAAUCGGGAAUCCAUAGGGUGGAAUCUAGAACCCAAGACGUCGACUGUCUUGGAUUAAUCUCAUACUGGGCGAUCUGGUUGCUUCUUGUUAAAAUUUACCUACUUUCCCUCGGUAUUAGUUCAUAGAUCUUGAUAUUGAAAUCUGAUAACUAUCCUAAGUCCAAUCCGCAACCAUGUCUUUAAGCUUGCCAUCACAAGCUGCAGCAAUUUGUAUUCCCUCCUUUUUCCAGGUUCAGGUUGGAAAAAAUUUAUACGCGGAUCAUUUCAAAGAGUCAGUUAGGAUGAGUACUUAUUUAGUGGCAUUUCUGGUGAGCGACUUCAAGUCCAUACAAACUAACACAGGCAGUGGCAUCAAGGUAUGUUAAACUCAAACAUGACUUAAACCAGAAAAUGAAGCUGUUCAGUUUUGAAAUGAUUUUGGUCAAAAUAUACUUUUGAGUACCCUAAAAUUAAUGUAAUUAUAAAACUCCCUUAAGGCCUACAAACGCGCCAACAGCAACACGUUAUUUAUUUAUUUAUUUAAUCACUUUAACCAUGUGGUGCAGAACACACAACAGAGCGGGGCUUCAAUUUAAGUGUGUCGUUACAGAUAACCCACCCAGACCAGGAGAGGUUGACCACACCACCGAGGUCUACGUUUUCGCUCACUGGUGUUGGUUCUUUUACGUCCCACAAGAACAAAUCAGUGUAAGUGCUAUGAGACGGGACCUACGGUUUUUCCGUCCUUAUCCGAGAAGACUAGAAAGUUUAACCGUUUACAGAUGUCAUUGCAAAGGCAGCACUUUCUCCUUAGUUAUCCGAAGACCCUGAGUGUUGUUCCGGCCGGGGUUUGAACCUACGACCUCCCGCUUAGCAGACCGGCUCUCUCCCAGCUGAGCUGACCGGGCGGACUAUUUAUUGAAUAUAUAGUUGAUAUUGGCCGAGACUUUCCUUAAUCUGGUGGAAAGAAAUGCAGUCUAAUCCUCUCCUGAUAUCACAUGCUAGAGUUUGGAUUCUUCAUCUUUUAUGUCAAAAUACCUAUCGAGAUCAACGUUUACCGCUAACGUGGAAGGAUGAGAAUUUCUUUGCCAUUCUGCCAUGCGCAUGCAACAUGUUUUUCUUUCUAUCACCCGAUUUUUAACUAUCCCCUGACAGACAUGGCCUUUUGUUUUACCAUUUAAAAUUGUUCUUACCGUGUUAUUUGGUUUCACAAGGGGGAAAAUGAACGACAAUUGCGUAAUUUUUAUUUGCUUCUUAUUUUCUUAGGUACGUUUGUGGGCUCCUCCGUCGCAGAUCUCACAGGGUGCUUACGCGUUGGACAUUGCUGCAAAGACUCUCUCAAAUUAUGAGAAAUUCUUCAAGAUAAAGUUUCCUCUUCCAAAGCAAGGCUAGUAAACACGUUAAUAAUAAUAAUAAUGAAAAUAAUAAUGAUAAUAAUAAUAUAUAGAUUUAGCCAGGGCUAAAAGCGAAGCUCUCGAUAAUAAUUAUGGUUGAAAUCAUAUAAAGCUAAGCCCGCGAAGGCAACGCCGGAGAACGGUGAAAAACAACAAUUGGUAUAAUAAGCAAAAUUGCAACUUUGCACAUGCAGCACACUUAUUUUUCACAUUUCUUUGCCGUUGCUUUUCAGACUACAACGUGAAACUUCAGAAACAUCUUAGUUACACGUUCAAGUUUUGAGAAAAUGUCGUGCGUGUUCUAGUUAAUUUUUUUUUUCACGGUCGCUCAUUUUCACCUUGCAUUGGUGGCCGCUAGCAUUUCUCAUUUUGUCACCGCCGCUACAAAAUUUUCAUGUUGUAUUUCCAACAAAAAAAAGUCUCCUUUGUUUUUUUUUUAUCUCUCGCUCUAAAUCUUUGUCGCCCUUUUUCUCGUUGAGCUUCGCUGUCCUUCCGCCUACUUCCUCUUUUUAUCUGUCGUUUUCUUGC